AUGACCUACAACCACGGCCUGAUCUCCGCGCUCAAGACUUCAGACAACCUCUUCAAUGGCAUCUACUCCGUCACCUCCGUCACCGUCACCAUCGCGUGUGCACUCGCACUCUACAACGUCUUGGAGCUGAUCCUUCUCAUCCUGACAACCUUCCGCCGGUUUGGGGGCCUGUACUUCUGGUCUCUUAUCGUGGCAACUUGCGGGAUACUGCUGUACACCAUCGGCGUUUUGAUCCUGUAUUUUCAGUUCAGUGCACAACUUACCGGUCUUGCAAUUAGAGUGCUUGGCUGGCCGGCUAUGGUGACGGGGCAGAGUCUGGUGCUGUACUCACGGCUGGGAACGGUGCUUGGGCGGGGGUACGAUAACUUGAAAAGGGCAGUCAAGUGGGUUAUUAUUGUAGAUGCUGUGGUGCAUCAUUCUGGAACUAUUAUCCUGACCUUUGGCGCAUACUACGCUUCCCCUAGCCACGCAUGGAUCCACGCGUAUAACACUCAGCACAAGGUCCAGCGCACCUUCUUCUGCGUACAAGAGUGUCUGCUUUCCGCACUUUACAUCUGGCGCGCGAUUGACAUUCUGCGGUCGUCUCUCGUCCUGGCCGAGAAGCGGAGCCAAGUCCACUUAGUGAUGUUCCAACUCAUUGUUAUAAGUCUGGUCAUUGAGGCGCUAGAUGUGUAUUUGCUCGUUGACGAGUACACGGCGCUGCAAGCCAUUAAGCAAGCAGUCAAAGCUAUGGUGUACAGCAUCAAGCUGAAACUUGAGUUUGCCACUCUCAAUAAGCUGAUCGACGUAACGGAGAGCCGCAGUACGGUUGGCAGGAUUAUUGCUGUUGCCGACCACGCGGAAAAGCACGUCAAUCAAGCACCCGUGCGGGGUCUGCCCUUCGACAACAGCCGUCGCAGCCCAGAGCCCGACCUUGAGAAAGCGAGUGGUGACGCCUCGAUCUUAGUGAACAGCGUCGUCCGGGCCCAUCCGCAGGAGGUGCGCACAGCCACGAACGGGGCGUUGAGCGUUCCGCAGCUCCCUGCAGCGACGGUCGAAGAACGAAGCCGGCGACGGACUAUGGACGAGGAUCUCUACGCGGGUGCUUGCAAAGCCGUUGCUGGACAAGUGGAAGCCCAUGGGACCGACACGGAGGGAGACUGA